UCAGCUAAGCUGCUCAAGCUGCCUCCCUUCCUCACCAUUUCCCUGCUGAGGUUUAACUUCGACUUUGAGAAGUGUGAACGCUACAAGGAAACGAGCUGCUACACAUUCCCCAUCCAGAUCAAUCUGAGGCCUUUUUGUGAGCAGACUGAAAUGGAUGAUUCAGAGUACAUGUAUGAGCUCUUCUCUGUUAUUAUACACAAAGGUGGCUGCUAUGGAGGACACUAUCAUGUUUAUAUCAGAGAUGUGGAUGAAUUAGGCAACUGGCAACUCCAAGAAGAAGAGGAUAGGUUGAUUGAAGAUAAGGCUUUAAGAGAUCUCCAAAAUGCCAAAGAAAUAGAAAAUCCGUUGGCAGUCUUAAAAGGGAUUUUGUCCGAGGAAGAAUCUAAACAAAUUCCCGUGGAUCAAUUAGGGCAGAAGUUAUUGGAGAAAAAAGGAGUGUCCUGGAAUAAGAAGUACCGAAAACAAUACGGAGCAUUACGCAAGUAUUUGCAGAACCAUCCUCAGGUAUUUCAGUUGAGUCCUGAUGAAAACAAGGUUGGGCUGAAGGAAGCACACAAGUUUCUGUUGAAGCUGGAUUCUACAGGACAAGAUCUCCAGAGCCCUCCUCAGAAGAACGAUGUCCAGUGGAAUUCAGAGAAAACCUCUCCAAAGCCAAGGGCCAGUUCUGCUGGUUGCCAUUGGUUUGACCUGAAUGACUCCAAAGUUCAGCCCAUCAAGGAGAAGGACAUUGAGAAGCAAUUUCAGGGUAAAGAGAGUGCCUACAUGCUGUUCUACCGAAAAACUCUACUAAAACGACCUCCUGAAGCACGAGGAAAUCCAAGGUAUCAAAUUCCUGAGCACCUCCUGAAUGAAAUGAAUGCUGCUAAUACUGAGCUGCAAAGGAAGAGAGCCGAGUGUGACUCAGCAAACAAUGGCAUUGACUUGCACCUCCAUUUGAGCUCCUGCUAUCGAUUCCACAAUGGGGCUUUGCACCCUUCCCUUACAUGGAAAGAGAGUGUUGUGGAUCUGACUAUUGAUAGAAGGAAAACGCUGGGAGACCUUCGCCAAGCAGUAUCCCAGAUGUUGGAAUCUUGGGAAGGAGACAUGGUUCUCAGUAUGGCCAAGCCUUUACCAGCAGGAUUACAUCUUUACCAGGUGCUUGAUGGAGAUGAGCUGAGCUUGGAUGGCAUUGGACUGGCUGAUGGCGCAGACAUCUUCGUGUGGAAUGGGAAAGAGGUUGGAGGUACAAAGGUGAUGACAGGUCCUGACCAUGAACCUGUGGUGGUAAAUGCUCUUCGUUUGGCGCAGUAUAAUGAAGGAGGGAAGGGGCAGCACUUCACAGAGUCCCAGCACAUCUUCUCCUGCAGCACAAGAGUGGCUGAGCUGCAUAGAGCCUUGGCUCCCUCAGGAGGAAUCAUCCUCAAGAACGGUUCGGGAGCAGAGAAAGAAGCCAAGAACUGGGAAGUUUUCCUCGAAGGAGAUAUGAAGGAAACAGUCAGAAGUGUUGGCCUGACAGAUGGAUGCUCACUGCUAAUCUUGGAUAGCCAUGACCAGAGCUUUGUGAACGUGGCAAGUGGCAAUCUGACUGCCUUCACCUAUGACAUCAGUUGGCUCCAAGUGAGAAACUUCUGCAGGGGGGAAGAUGAGGAGAAACACGUUAAAAUUACUGCAACUAUUGAAACAGUGAUGGCAGAUAUCAAAAUGAAAGCAAUACGGGAGCUUCAGCUAGAGGAGGAACUGGCAAACAAGAGCUGCCUUAGACCUGUCAGUGGAAAUGGGAAACUCCUGUCUCCGGUGCCUGAGGAUUAUACUGUCAAGGAAGCAGAACUGAAAAUGGGAAGCUUGCUUGGGCUGUGUCAUGGGAAAGCUCCCACUUCCACUCAGCUCUUCUUGUACUUUAUCAUUGGGAGCGACCUAAACUUGAGCCCGGAGAUGGAGAUAGUUGUGGAGGAGACAGCCUCUGUCAAAGAGUGUCUCAAUUUAAUGCUGGAGAAAUCUGGAUUAUCAGGUGACAACUGGCAUUUGAGAAGGCUUGACUGGUGCUAUGAAGCAGGGGAAGCAUUAAGUCAGGAAAAUGCCACUCUGAAGGAACUCAAUGUUUGCCGAGGAGAUACUUUGGUUAUAAUGGAAGGAAAGCUUCCAGAAAAGGGUCUCCUGACAAUCCGCAUCUGGUGGCUCAGGUCUUCAAGCCCUAAGAAACAUGGAGAGAAUGCUCAAGCCCAAGUGAAUGGGAUGAGCUGCAAGAUGGAUGCUUUGCAGGUGUCUGCUGCUGCAGCUUCACCAGAACCCAUCCACACAGCCCUGGAUCUGUGUUAUGCUGGCAGUAUAGAAAUAGCAGGAGAAGCUUCUUUGGAAGACCUGAAGAUGCAGGCUAUGACCCUCCCAUUCUGCCAGGAGCAGUUUGUGCCCCUGCCUUCGUUCCUCAGGGCAUGGACAGUGGACAGUAAGGGCCCAGGAAAGCUCCUACGGGACAACAGGCAGCGACUCAG